AUGCGCGAGGAGUCGAACAAAACAGGCAUUGAAGCACCAUCCGCCCAGGACCGCAUACAUAAACUCCAUGAGUUGCGCGAAAAAACACAGGAAAGCUGGCGGAAGGCCAGUGAAUCGAUUUCCAAAUAUUAUAAUCAACGACAUAAACCGAUGGAAUUCCGUGUUGGCGAUCUAGUCAGAUUAUCGACCAAAAACCUCCGCCUCAAAUCGCUCUCCAAUAAACUUAGUCCAAAGUUCAUUGGACCCUUCAAACCCCUUGAAAAAGUCGGAAAACAAGCGUAUCGCCUCGGAUUACCAACAAAAUACGACCGACUCCAUAACGUCUUCCCAAUUACACUCCUCGAACCGUGGAAGAGCCGGAAAGACGGCGAAACGACUACGCUACCCGAACUACAAGACGACAUGGAAUGGGAAAUUGAAUAA